AAUAAUAAUAUAUAUAUAUACAUAUAACACCCUACCCAACCCCUAAUCUUUAGAAACCUCUCGACUUCCUCACUCGUAUGGAAUUUUGGGACUCGAAUUGCUGAUACUCGUUCCAGACUACGAAUCUUCACUCUACAAAUACAAAUGUCUAAUGCAAUAGAUAAUGAUAAAAGUGAUGAAAUUGAUUUCUCUUGGGGUAUAAAGAGAGGUCGAGGUGGCCAAAAAAAGGAGGUUCAGUUCUAUGAAUCUUUUACUUAUGAUGGUGUAGAGUAUUUUCUCUAUGAUUCUGUAUAUCUUUUCAAGGAAGGUGAAACCAAACCUUAUAUUGGUAAGCUAAUCAAAAUUUGGGAACAUUCAAAUAGUGCUAGAAAGGUGAAAGUACUCUGGUUCUUCUAUCCUUCGGAAAUAUCAAAUUAUAUAAAAGGUGAGAAUGUGCUAGAGAAUGAGCUCUUUCUGGCAAGUGGUGUUGGCAAAGGCUUGGCGAACAUUAAUCCCUUGGAAGCAAUUGCUGGCAAGUGCAAUGCUGUUUGCAUCUCAAAGGAUGAGAGAAAUCAGCAGCCCUCUGUUGAAGAACUUAAGAUGGCGCACUAUGUGUUUUAUCGCACAUUUGAUGUCCAGAAUUACACCAUUUCGGAUGAGCUGGGUGAAAAAAUUGCUAUGAUUGAGGUUAAUUUACUAUUGAACAAAAAAAAUAUUCAAUUACUGGAUCGCCCUAAGGUAGAUAGCGGGAACGUCUCCGUGGGUGUAGAGAAACCGUUGAUUGCUGUCAAAGGUACCCUUGCAGUCGAUGGUGCCGCGGAGCAUGAUGCCACUACAGGUUCUCUAUUGGUGAAAAAUGACAGGGGGUCAAAACGUCUAUUAGACAAUUCAAAUUACCAGCCUGUGGGAAGUAGUGAUGCUACUGAACCUGAUAAUACUGGUUUAGUCACGGGGAGGGAGACAAAUUUGGUCAACAAGGAUCCUGGUGGAGCUAACGAGAUUGUCGAGUGUGAUGCCAAAGUUGGCUCUUUAGUGGUCAAAGAUGAUAAAUGGUUAAAAGGAAAAGGUAAUGCUGCUGGAGCUCAUAAUCUUGGUCCAGUAUCUUUACCUGCUACUGAAGUAUCUUUGGCUUCUAGUGAGAAACUCAGAAUUAGAUCACCAGAUUCCAAGCAAAGUCUUGUGAACAAAAAUGCAGCAAAUCAUGAUUUGAACUCUGUUCAUUCUAGAAAAAGUAUUGAAGGUUUGGUACCACCUGUUACUGCUGCUGACAGCAGAAAAUCAAAACAAUUGAAGGACAAUAACAAGGCUAUUGCUGCUGUUGCAAAAGACAAGUCUGAUGACAAGCGAUUGAAGAAACUCAAGAUUGAUGGGGUUGCUCCACGAUCAAGUGACGAUUGUGGGACUAGCACUGCAGAACCUGCCACUGUUGCGACCAAUAAGGCUUCUCAAUCUGCUGGUGCAGCUACUGAUAAUGAUAGAGGCUGGCGGACCAAAGAAUUAGAUGGUCUAAACAAUGGUGUUCCUGGAAAGCUAAAGUCUGAUGGCUCGACGGAGGACAAAUCUGAUGGAAAGCCGCAUGAAGUGUUUGUUAAACAAUCCAAAGAUAAGCAGGGGUCUGCUGUCAAUAACGUUGCAGCUAAUAAGACACUAAAACCUGCUAAUGGUGAUGCUGAAACUGAGAGCAAAGCCAAUUUGAGUAAGAAAAUGGGUGGUACAAGCAAUGGUUUUUCAAAAAAGCGUAAAUCCAAUAGCAUGGUAGAGGAAGAAUCCAACAAUAAGUUGUGUAAAGUGCUUACUAAGAAGCCCAAAGAUGAGGAGAUUGAAGCAAAUGGUUGUGUUAAGGAAGUCACUCAACGACCACCUGACAGGAGCAAAUGGUUCACAGCAAGUCCUUGGGAAGAUAGGAUGAAAGAUGCCCAUGAGCAGGGUAGACUUGUUCUACUCAAGAACUUGGAUCCAACAUACACUUCCACUGACGUUGAGAAUAUAGUUUGGCAUGCUUUUGACGAAAGUUGCACUGCAAAAAUGGUUCAGCAUACUGCAAUAUCUAGUCGGCGUUCUGGGCAAGCAUUUGUUAUCUUCAAAACGCAAGUAGUAGCAGAUAAGAUCCUGAAGAGGCUGGAGAAAGAAUGCUUAAUGCUCCCAAAUGGAAGGCCUAUUGUAGGCAGCAGACAGGCUGUAUGCUUUCAUGGAAAGCAUUCCCCAUUCCCUGGUCAUCUGGUCAUCGAUAAACUUAGACAUCAACUGCAGCGGGAAACGAGAGAAGCAGUGUCUACAUCACAUUCUUCUCAGCCAAACACCCUUGAAUAUGAGAUGGCAAUCGAGUGGCGCUUACUACAAGAUAGAUCGGAAUUGUGGUGGAAGAUGUUGUAUAAGAGACAAGAAGAACAGAUUAGAAAAAUGAAGGAGAGCCUGAAGUCAAAAUGAGCGAGUUAGUUUAUAGCAGUUGUGGCUUGUGAUGACUCAUGUAAAGUUCAAAUAUCUUCAGACUAAUAGUGAAGUCUACUAACAAGUUACUUUCUUCUAUUGACUGGUCUACAAACUAGAGCUUUGAUUUUGAACAAGGGUUUCGACUUUCGAGUAUUAAUUAUGUUUUCUUGGAGCAAAAUUUUGGUCGUAUGGUGGGGAUGUUGAAAAUUUUGGGUGUUUUCAGCUUAGCAGCGUCCCAGCAGCUAGAGAUUUCGGCAUUGAUUGUGAGUGGUUGUGUCUCAUGUGUACAUUUUGGUUACCACUAGUCCACUACGUUUGCCCUUCCAUGUCUCAAUUUAAUGUGUAAAUACAUGUAAAUGAACUGCAUACUCCUUUCCCUUUGGUGCUGACGAUGAUCCUAUCUUAUUGGAACAUUGCAUCAAACAGAAGCAGUGGCAGUAUUCUCCCUUAAGGGUACUUUGUUUUCUUC